AUGGGAAACAUCUUCCAAUUCUAUAAUCACAAUCUGAAACUGAAUUCCAUAAGAGUUUUUAAACUUCUAAUCACGUUGUGCUUUGAGCACAUUCUUGAGACACAUGUCUGCAUGCAUGGAAGCCACCAGAUGAUGAUCUUAAUGAGAAAUCAUCUCCCCUCAUUAAAUGCACAUCGCAUCCUCAUACAACAUAUAACAAUGGUAGAUCAGAGGAAACUAGAAUCUAUAAUCGACUGCCACACCACCGUAAGCCACCAUCAACAGCCAGUCAUAAUGGAGAAUAACAAAGAACAGCCCUCAACGGAAGGUUCAAACGGAUCGCAUUCAUCCAUAAUAACCAAGAUCAAUGCUGGCUACUUCAGGAUAUGCAUAUCUGCUGGUGCCCAAGCUUUACUUUGGAAAAGUAUAAACCAACACCACCGGACCUCAAACCUCCACACCAUUAUCGCCAACACCUCCACCGUCUUCUGGUGCCUAACGCUAUUCACCCUCGUAUCUCUCUCUCUUCUCUACAUAAUGAGAUGCAUUUUCCACAUUAACCUCGUGAAAGCUGAAUGUCGUCACCAUGUAGGCAUGAAUUAUUUGUUUGCACCUUCGAUUUCAUGGCUUCUGUUACUCGAGUCCACCCCUUUGUUCAUUUUCCCAGAUAAGCACGCAUAUGGAUACAUAUGGUGGUUGCUAAUCGUUCCAUUGUUGGCUCUUGAUGUUAAGGUCUAUGGGCAGUGGUUCACAGCUGAGAAGCGAUUUCUCUCUAUCAUGGCUAACCCUACGAUCCAAAUAUCUGUAAUAGGGAACUUGGUAGCAUCGUUAUCAUCCCAUGUAGCAGAUGAGACAAGAUGGAAGGAAAUUCGGAUUUGUCUGUUUACAUUUGGGAUGACACAUUAUGUAGUGGUGUUCAUCACGCUUUACCAGAGGUUAUCUGGGAGUAAUCAUAUUCCGUCUAAUCUCAGACCUGUUUUCUUCCUCUUUGUAGCCACCCCGAGCAUGGCUACUUUAGCUUGGGAAUCCAUUAGUGGAAGCUUUGAUAUCAUUUGCAAGAUGCUCUUUUUUCUAUCACUCUUUCUUUUUGUAUCUUUGACAAGUCGACCAUUGCUUUUUAAGAAAUCGGUGAGAAGGUUCAGUGUGGCAUGGUGGGCAUUCUCAUUCCCACUCACUUUCCUUGCUCUUACCUCCAUAUCAUAUGCUCAACAGGUAAAGGGUAAGGCAGCAGUCGGAUUGGCGAUCCUUUUAUCGGGAAUAAACCAAUCAGAUCCUUCUUCCAUGAACCAAGAGAGCGGACGAUGUGACCUUCACCUCUGCCAGAUGCAUCGUCGUCGCCUCCGCCUCCAUGAUAUCGUUCUGUCAAAUGUCGUCGUUGCCACCUUCGAUUCCGUCAAAUCGAAUUCUCUCGUAUUCUUCACUGACUCUCCCUAUCGUCCGCCUCCCUCCUCCCUCUAA